UUUUUUUUUUUUUUUCCCCAUCAGGAAGUCUCCAGGAAACCAUGUUAAUUGUAAAUUUUUUCCAAACCGCGUUAGAUUAAUUUAGUGCUAAUAUGGAUUCUUUUGCUUAAUUUUCUCGGAAAAAACCUUGACUUGCUGUGUAGUCGUCUCUUUCUUCCUUAAAGAACACAGUGGAGGUGAUUGCUUACUGUUACAGCUUUUUUUACUGCUAGUGGCUUUCUUAACAACGCCUGAAAGACAUUAACAUAGUGAAGGAAAAUCAAAGCUUGUAUUUUUGAUUUUGGCAGAUUUCCCAAAAUGUCAUUGGAGCUUAUACCUAUAGGGACAAUCUUAUCUGUGCUAACAAACCAGAUAAUUAAGACAGCUAAUGCUGCAAAGGAUGUUGUUUUUGAGAAAGAGAGUUUCAAGGCUCUGUCAGAACACUUGUUUGACAUUGAACCUGUUUUAAGGGAGUUGCAGCGUCAGGACAUGAAUAAUUCUCAAGCUGCAAGACUUGCUUUGGAGUCCCUUGAAGCAGAUAUUAAAAGAGCCAAUAACCUGGUUGAGAAGUACAAAGACCGAGCUCGUUUCUACUUACUUGUUAAUUGUAGGCACAUCGUCAAUGAAGUACAAGAAGUCACAAGGGAUAUUGGAAGGUCUUUGGCUUCUUUAUCUCUUGCAAAUACUGAAGUACUUGCAAACAUAUCUGAUAAGGUCAAUAGGCUGCAUAAUGAGAUGCAAAGAGUGGAAUUUGAGGCUUCAAGUUCUCAAGUCCAGAUUGUUGAGAAGCUAAACCAGGGUCUCAUAGAGCAGAAACGUGACCAGGAUUUUGCCAAUGACAUGCUUGAACAAAUAGCCAUGGCAGUUGGAGUUCCUGUAGAGCCCAGUGAGAUAUGCAAAGAGCUAGCGAAUUUCAGGAAAGAAAAAGAAGAAGCUGCCAGCAGGAAAGAAAGAGCUGAAGUUUUCUUCUUAGAGCAGGUUAUAGAGCUGCUCUCUCGAGCUGAUGCUGCAAGGGAUUUUGAAGAAGUCAAGAAGCAAUAUGAACAAAGGGUUGAGGCCAUAGACAGAUAUGACUCGAGAGAAGAAUAUGUUAUACCACUUCCUUCUUUUCUUUGUCGUAUAAACGGGACUGUGAUGGUUGAUCCUGUCAGCCUGUGCACUGGUACUACAUGUGAGAGAGCUGCUGUGACUGCAUGGUUCGAAAGUGGACAUAUAACUGACCCUGAAACUGGUGAGGUUCUUGAAAAUACUUCUUUGCGUCCGAAUCUUCCACUGAGACAGUCAAUAGAGGAGUGGAGAGAACGUAAUAACUGCCUGAUGAUCAGAUCAUCCAAAGUGAAGUUGUUAUCAGGUGUUGACGAAUCUGUGGAAGAGGCCCUAAAUCAAAUGCAACAUCUUAUGAGAGAAAGUUCUAUUAACAAGGACUGGAUUGCCAUUGAAGGGCUUAAUGACAUCAUAGUUUCUAUCCUUGGGACUUCACACAACAGACAUGUGAAGAGGAAGAUACUAAUCACCUUAAAAGAAUUUCUAGAAGGGCAUGCAAGAAACAAAGAAAAGAUGGUUGAAUCCAAGGCGUGGGAUCACAUCAUUCCCUGCUUAGGACGUGACCCAAUCAUCUCAAAGGCUGCCAUUGAAUUGCUUUAUGAAUUAUUGCAAGACAGGUCCAGUUGGAACAUUUCUGUUUGCAAGAAACUCUCUCAACAAUGCAGUGCUAUUCUUUUCCUUGUCACUCUUUUGAAAGGACCUGUGAGGGAGUCAGCUGAGAUGGCAGAAAAAAUAUUGCUGAAGCUUUUUGAGAUAGAUGAGGAGAAUAUUGCUUCUGCAGCUAAGUGUGGCUGGUGCAGACCACUUGUUGAUCGCAUAGUUCAUGGGCCAGAACCUUCAAGGAUAUCAAUGGUGAAAAAUGUUAUUGACAUGGAAUUGGUUGAUUUGGAUUUGAAGACCCUUGGGGAGGAAGGGAUUAUACCGCAUUUGAUUGAAAUGGCCUCUGGAAAUAUUGAAUCUAAAGAAUUGUCCUUAUCUGCCUUGGUAAAAUUAUCAGGUUGCCUCGCCAAUAAAGAGCUUAUAGCCACUGCUGGUGGGGUUCAUUUCAUUGUCAACCUGAUGUUUUCUUCCAAUCGCACAAUUAUUAUUGUUAAAUGCUGUGAACUCCUUGAGAAAAUUUCCUCUGAUGACGAUGGAGUUAAAUACUUAGUCGAUGAAAAUGGGAACCAACUUGACUUGGAGCAAAUUGUCACCAAAUUGUUAACAUUGCAACAGAAUCCCAACUCUGCUCAUAAUGUCCGGAGGCCUGCACUUCGUGCACUUCUUGGAAUAUGCAAGUUUGAAGGAGGGUUAGUUAAAAAGGCAGUCCUUACUGUGAAUGGUGUAUCUUUGGUGCUUCCCUUGCUUGAUGACAAUGACUUAGAGGUAAGGGAGAUUGCUGUAAAUUUGCUCUUCCUAUUCUCCCAGCACGAGCCAGAGGGAGUUGUGGAAUACCUUCUCAAACCAAGAAGACUUGAGGUUUUGGUGGGGUUUCUUGAAAAUGAAGAUAAUGAUGAUGUAAAGAUGGCUGCAGCAGGUUUAUUGGCCAACCUGCCAAAAUCAGAAAGAUCACUAACUAUGAAGUUGAUCGAAUUGGAUGGUCUCAAUGCACUCAUAAACAUAUUAAGAAAUGGGACCAUGGAAGCAAAAGAGAAUGCGCUUAGUGCCUUGUUUAGGUUCACAGAUCCAGAAAAUCGCGAUUCACAGCGUAUUUUGGUAGAAGCUGGUGUAUACCCUUUGCUUGUAAACUUCCUCAAGUCUAGUUCGGUAACAGCAAAGGCGAGAGCUGCUGCUCUUAUUGGAAACCUUUCAAUGAGCAGUCCAAAACUUACUGUUCCAGACAAAGGAGCUCUUUGCUGGUGUUUUCGACCAUCAGGUAUUCCUACAUGUCCAGCUCAUGGAGGUAUCUGCAGUGUGAAUUCUACAUUUUGUUUGUUGGAAGCAAAUGCUUUACCUCAUUUGGUAUCACUUCUACAUGGAGAAGUUCAUGAAACUGCUUAUGAGGCAAUUCAAACACUUUCCACACUGGUUCAUGAAGGCUAUCCUCAGAGAGGUGCAAAUGUGUUGCAUGAGGCUGAUGCCAUAAAACCUAUCUUAGAAAUUCUAGGCUGGGGAACAAAUUCUCUAAAAGAAGAGGCUCUGGGACUUUUAGAGAAGGUUUUUGUAUCAAGGGAAAUGGCAGACAACUAUGGAUCUAGAGCAAGAUUUCUUCUUGUUGGUUUAACUGGUGGCAAUAUUCAAACAAAUGGUCGUCUUAUGAGGAAGGCUGCUAUAGUAUUAACACUUCUUGAACGCUACUCAAAAUCAUCCACAUCUAUUAUUCCGGGACUAUAACUGUUGAAAUUCAAACACACACAUACACACACACACACACACAAAGUUUUGGUAAUUACGACCAAAACAGAAAUUUCUGUAAAUUUAAUAGUGCAUUAAUGUGGUAUUGAGAAUGAAUGAAGCCCGUGUGCUAUUUUUUUAAUUUAAUUCAAUUUUCUUUUUCUUUUUUCA